AUGGCACCAUCUCACCACCACACAGAUCCCAAGGCUCGAAGCCAAACAAUAAAGCCACCAAUCCCGUGCUCCCCCUUCCUCCUCACCCAAUCCACAUCCCCAAGGUUUCUCUCCGGUGCUGCUGUCUGCAGACGCGUGGCCGUUCGCGAUACGACCAAUGUCGCAAGCCGUCGCUUUAACUUGUCGCGUGCGACUGCGGUGUACUCGACGACAAAUGUUGCGACGGAUGACGUCGAGAAGUCUUACGAGGUGGCGGACGCGGAGGAGCUCCUCAAGGAGCACGGAGCGUGCGGUGUCGGCCUGAUUGCGUCGCUAAAGAACGAGUCCACGCAUAAGAUUAUCGAGCAGGGUUUGACGGCGCUGGGAUGCAUGGAGCAUCGCGGCGGUUGCAGCGCCGACAACGACUCGGGCGACGGCGCGGGGCUCAUGACGGCCGUGCCUUGGGAUCUCCUCGACAGCUGGCAGCAGGAGAACGGCCGCGGCCCGCUCGACCGCGCGGCGACGGGCGUGGGCAUGGUGUUCCUGCCGAAGAAAGAGAGCGACGCCGAGACUGCCAAGAAACUGGUGGAGGCUGUAAUCAAAGAGGAGGGGCACGGGCUGGAGGUGGUGGGGUGGCGGCAGGUGCCAGUGAACGAGGCGGUGGUGGGGCCCUUCGCGCGCGUCACGCUGCCCUCUAUCCAGCAGCUCGUGCUCUCCGUCCCCGGCCUCGCCCCAGACGACACUGAGCGCGAGCUCUACAUCCUGCGCAAGCUCAUCGAGAAGGCCGUUACACGCACCAUCGCAGCAGAGGCAGCAGCAGCAGGGGCGCCAGCCACAGAGCAUCCGUUGAACGACCUGUACUUCUGCUCGCUGUCCAGCAAGACGAUCAUCUACAAGGGCAUGCUGCGCGCGGCGGUGGUGGGGGCGUUCUACGCGGACCUGAAGAACGAGCUGUACCGCAGCCCGUUUGCCAUCUACCACCGGCGGUUCAGCACCAACACCACGCCCAAGUGGCUGCUGGCGCAGCCGAUGCGGUUCCUGGGGCACAACGGCGAGAUCAAUACCCUGCAGGGGAACCUCAACUGGAUGGUGUCGCGCGAGCCGACGCUCACGUCCCCCGUGUGGCGCGGCAGGGAGGCGGAUAUUUUUCCUGUGGUUAACCUCGCUGCGUCUGACUCGGCUAAUCUGGACGGUGUUGCUGAGCUGCUGCUGAACAGUGGCAGGCGGCCGGAGGAGGUGCUUAUGAUGCUCGUGCCUGAGGCCUACCAGAACCACCCCACGCUCUCCGCCAAGUACCCCGAGGUGGUGAGCUUCUACGAGUAUUACAAGUCGCAGAUGGAGGCGUGGGAUGGACCCGCCCUGCUCGUCUUCAGCAACGGGAGGACAGUGGGAGCGUGUCUGGAUCGCAAUGGGCUGCGCCCGGCACGGUACUGGAGAACCAACGAUGACAUGCUCUACGUCGCCUCUGAGGUGGGAGUGUUGAACAUGGACGAGGCGACCAUCGUGAGCAAGGGCCGCCUGGGGCCGGGCAUGAUGAUCUCCGUCGACCUGCACACCGGCGAGGUGCUAUCCAACACGGCCAUCAAGAGGCAGGUGGCCAACGCACACCCCUUCAAGGAGUGGCUCGAUAAGGAGUCGCGUCAGAUCGUCCCCAUGCCAUUCACUGCUGAGCCAGCCCUCUCCCCCGACGAAGUGCUUCGCAGGCAAAAUGCGUACGGGUAUUCGAGUGAGGAUGUGGUGAUGGUGAUAGAGAGCAUGGCAGCGCAGGCCAUCGAGCCCACCUUCUGCAUGGGCGACGACACGCCCCUCCCCGUGCUCUCCGCGCGCCCCCACCUGCUCUACAACUACUUCAAGCAGCGCUUCGCCCAGGUCACCAACCCGGCCAUCGACCCACUCAGGGAGGGCCUGGUGAUGUCUCUCGAGAUGGCUCUGGGGCGGCGAGACAACAUCCUGGACGUGGGCGCCGAGCACGCCAACGUGGUGCGCCUGACCUCGCCAGUGCUGAACGAGGCAGAGCUGCAGGAGCUGAUGGAAGACAAGCAGCUUGCGGCAGCGCGCCUGCCCAUCUUCUUCGACGUCUCCCAGGGCGUUGACGGCGCGCUCUCCCGCGGCCUUGACGCGCUCUGUGUGGCGGCUGACGCUGCCGUUGACUCUGGUGCGCAGCUGCUAGUGCUGUCGGACAAUGCCGACCAGAUUGACGCCACCCGGCCGGCGAUCCCGGCGUUAUUGGCUGUGGGGGCCGUGCACCACCAUUUGAUUCGCAGUGGGAAGCGCCUGAAUGCGUCGAUUGUGGUGGAGACCGCGCAGUGCUUCAGCACGCACCACUUUGCGUGCCUGGUGGGGUAUGGCGCCAGUGCUGUGUGUGCGUACGGGGCGUUGGAGACGGUGCGGCAGUGGCGUGCGAGUGAGAAGACGCAGAAGCUCAUGACGUUUGGCAAGCUGCCUACUGUCACCUCGGAGCAGGCGCAGCUCAACUACCGCAAGGCGAUAGAGAAGGGGCUGAUGAAGAUUUUGUCCAAGAUGGGCAUAUCGCUGCUGUCCAGCUACUGUGGCGCGCAGAUCUUUGAGAUCUAUGGGCUGGGAUCUCAGGUGGUGGACCGCGCCUUCAAGGGCUCCGUCUCCCGCAUUGGGGGACUCACCCUCGACGAGCUUGCGAACGAGAGUCUGACGUUUUGGGCCAAGGGGUUUGGCGCGGAGGGCAAGGGCAAGCUGGAGAACAUGGGGUUCCUGCAGGUGAGGCAGGGCGGCGAGUACCACAGCAACAACCCCGAGAUGAGCAAGCUGCUGCACAAGGCCGUGCGCCAGGGCGAGCAGACCGCCUACGCGGCCUACCAGGCGCACCUCGCCACGCGCCCCAUCAACGUGCUCCGUGACCUGCUCGAGCUGGACAGCGCCAGCCGUGCAGCGAUCCCACUGGAAGAGGUCGAGUCGGCAGCGUCGAUCGCCACGCGGUUCUGCACGGGAGGCAUGUCCCUGGGCGCCAUUUCCAGGGAGUGCCACGAGGUGAUUGCUGUCGCCAUGAACAGGCUGGGCGGGAAGAGCAACUCCGGGGAGGGCGGAGAGGACCCCAUGCGCUGGGUGGAGCUAGAGGACGUGGAUGCCGACGGGCGCUCGCCGACUUUCCCGCAUCUCAAGGGGCUGAGGAACGGGGACAAGGCAACGAGCGCGAUCAAGCAGGUGGCUUCGGGGAGGUUUGGCGUGACGCCGACGUUCCUGGCGAAUGCGGACCAGCUGGAGAUUAAGGUGGCGCAGGGGGCGAAGCCAGGGGAGGGCGGGCAGCUGCCGGGCAAGAAGGUGUCGCCCUACAUUGCGCAGCUCAGGAGCUCCAAGCCUGGCGUGCCGCUCAUCUCGCCGCCUCCGCACCAUGACAUCUACUCCAUUGAAGACCUCGCCCAGCUCAUCUUUGACCUGCACCAGGUGAACCCAGCGGCGAAGGUCUCUGUGAAGCUGGUGGCGGAGGCGGGCAUCGGAACAGUGGCGAGCGGCGUGGCCAAGGCCAACGCUGACAUCAUUCAGAUCUCGGGGCAUGAUGGCGGCACGGGCGCCAGCCCCAUCAGCUCCAUCAAGCAUGCUGGUGGACCCUGGGAGAUGGGACUUACCGAGACGCACCAGACGCUCCUGGCGAAUGGGCUGAGGGACCGCGUGGUUCUGCGGGUGGACGGGGGCAUCAAGUGCGGCACGGACGUGCUCGUCGCGGCCGCCAUGGGCGCCGAUGAGUUUGGCUUCGGGUCGCUGGCCAUGAUCGCCACAGGGUGCAUCAUGGCUCGUAUCUGCCACACCAACAACUGCCCCGUUGGGGUUGCCUCGCAGAGGGAGGAGCUGAGGGCGCGAUUCCCUGGAGUGCCAUCAGACCUGGUCAACUACUUUGUCUUCGUUGCAGAGGAGGUGAGGGUGGGGCUGGCGUCGCUGGGCAUGAGGAGUUUGGACGAGCUGGUGGGGCGGGUGGACGCACUCAAGGCCAGGGACGUGCCACUCGCUAAGACCACCUCCAUCGACCUCUCCUACCUCCUCACUUACCCGGGGGUGUCGGAGCUGAGCAGUUCGGAGCGCAUGGCACAGGAGGUGCACUCCAACGGGCCCAUGCUGGACGAUGCGCUGCUCGCCAACCCCACCGUGAUGGCGGCCAUAGAGCAGAACAAGGUGGUGCAGCUCGCCACGCCCAUCGUCAACACCGACCGCUCCACCUGUGGCCGUGUGGCAGGCGCCAUUGCCAAGCGCCACGGUGACUCGGGCUUCACAGGCGCCGUCAACAUCACGUUCAAGGGCAGUGCAGGGCAGUCGUUUGGGUGCUUCCUGGCAGGCGGCAUGAACGUUCGGCUCAUUGGCGAGGCCAACGACUAUGUCGGCAAGGGCAUGGCAGGGGGGCAGAUAGUGGUGGUGCCAUCCAAGGCAGCGACCUUUGAGGCGGAGACAGCCACCAUCAUCGGCAACACGUGCCUCUACGGCGCCACGGGCGGGCGCCUCUUUGUGCGCGGCUGUGCGGGGGAGCGCUUCGCGGUGCGCAACUCCAACGCACAGGCCGUGCUGGAGGGCGCGGGCGACCACUGCUGCGAGUACAUGACUGGCGGGGUUGUCGUGGCGCUUGGCAAGGUGGGUCGCAACGUGGCAGCAGGCAUGACGGGAGGCAUCGGCUACUUCCUUGAUGAGGACGACACCUUCUCCCCCAAGGUGAAUCGGGAGAUUGUGGCGAUGCAGAGAGUGGUGUCGCCGGGGGGUCAGGAGCAGCUCAAGUCACUCAUCCAGGACCAUGCGGAUCUGACGGGCAGUGCCAAGGCAGCGGCCAUCCUAGCCGAGUGGGACAGGUACCUGCCGCUCUUCUGGCAGCUCGUGCCGCCCAGCGAAGCCAACUCGCCAGAAGCCAAGGCGCCUGCUGCUGAGGAGCCUGUAGCGGCACUAGCUGCUUCCCUGUUUGGAUUCGGACUAGGGAUUGAUGCCCUGACCCUGUCCGGCGUGCUGCAGCAGGCGCUCAGCGCCAAUCCCGAGGAGCGCAAGGCCGGCGAGGCUCACCUCGUGCAGAACCAGUUCGUGCCGGGCCAUCUCGUGGCGCUGCUGCAGAUGGUCGUGCGUACUGACGUGGACCUCGCGAUCCGCCAGGUGGCGGCCAUUCAUUUCAAGAACACCGUGUCGCGCAACUGGAGAACCAAAUCCGACGCUACCGAGGCCGCCGCUGCAGGCUCGCCGCUGUUCUCGGAGGGUGACGUGGCGGCGGUGCGCGACAAUCUCGUGGAGGCCGUCAUCUGCUGCCCGCCGCUCAUCAGGUCGCAGUUGAUCGAGGUGCUCAAGGCGGUGGUGCAGAGCGACUAUCCCGACCGCAUGCCCGCGCUGCUGCAGCAGGCACUCGCCAACCUGCACAGCCCCGACCAGCCGCGUGUGUACGGCGCUCUCGUCGUCGUCCGCGUGCUCGCGCGCAAAUACGAGUUCAAGGACGAGGAGGACAGGGUGCCAGUGCACGAGGUGGUAACCAGCACGUUCCCGCAGCUGCUGGUGAUUCUGCAGCAGCUGCUGGCCGUGCCCAACCCCUCCCUCGACAUCGCCGAGUACAUCAAGCUCGUGCUCAAAAUCUUCUGGUCCGCCUGCUACUUGAAGGUACCGGAAAUGGUGCGGCAGGAGUCGGUGUUCCUGGCGUGGAUGGAGUGCUUCCACGCGCUGCUGGAGCGGCCGGUGCCCACGGAGGGGCAGCCCACGGACCCUGAGCAGCGCAAGCAGUGGGCGUGGUGGAAAGUGAAGAAGUGGCUGCUGCACAUCAUCAACCGCAUGUUCCACAGGUUCGGCAACCCCAAGUACGCCAAGGGCGAGGAUAAUGCGUUCGCCACCAUGUUCGCGGACAAGUGUGCGGGGCGGCUGCUGAACUCGUACCUGCACCUGCUGGCUCCCGUGCGCACCGACCCCAACAGCCUGCCCGACCGCAUCACCAACCUCGCCCUGCAAUACGUCACCUACAGUCUAUCGAAGAAGGCGCUGUACGAGGCGUUGAAGCCGCACCUGCAGGUGCUGCAGUUCGAGGUGGCGUUCCCGCUGCUCUGCUUCAACGACCAGGACGCCCUGCUCUGGGCCGACAACCCCCUCGAAUACGUCCGCAAGGGCUACGACAUCAUAGAGGACAUGUACAGUGCGCGCACAGCAGCACUCAACUUCCUGGCGGAGCUGGUGACGAAGCGCAGCAAGGAGACACUCGACCCCAUCAUCGCUGCUCUCGUCCUCAUCCUCAACCGGUACAACGAGGCGGCACCGGAUCAGAAGGCGGCACAGGCGAGGCAGAAGGACGGGGCGCUGCUGGCGAUCGGAGCGCUGCAUGAGAAGCUGCAGGGCACGGCGCGCUACAAGGCACAGCUCGAGCACAUGCUGCUCACGCACGUCUUCCCCGAAUUCACCAGCCCCUUCGCCUUCCUGCGCGCCAAGGCGGCGUGGGUGGCGGGGCAGUAUGCGGACAUCCCAUUCAGCAACCCGGCUCACUUCGGGGGAGCGCUGCAGGCGGUGGUGGGGCUGCUGCGGACCCCGAGCUGCCCGUGCGCGUCGACGCUGUGGUGGCCCUGCGCUCCUUCGUUGAUGCCUGUGAUGAGGAGGUUUUUGCGCGAUCCUGAGCUGCCCGUGCGCGUGGACGCUGUUGUGGAGCUGCGCUCGUUUGUGGACGCGUGUGAUAUGACUGCUGUCCCACCGUGCAUGCAUCAUGACUCCUGCAUAACACCUCACCAUCGCCCCUCCCCCACGGACCUCCCUCUGUGUGCAGAUCUGGACCAGCUGCGCCCCAUCAUUCCCAACCUGCUUGACGACUUCUUCAAGCUGAUGCACGAGGUGGAGAACGAGGACCUGGUGUUCACAUUGGAGGUGAUCGUGGAGAAGUUUGGCGAGGAGAUGUCGCCCUUCGCCGUCGGCCUCAUCCACAACCUCGCAGCGGCCUUCUGGAAGUGUGUGCGGUCGUCAGAGGCAGCAGACGGAGGAGAGAGCGAGGAGGCGGUGGAUGACAUGAGUGCGCUGGCAGCAGCGGGGUGCCUGAGGGCCAUGGGCACGGUGCUGGAGUCAAUCUCCUCGCUGCCGCACCUCUUCCCACAGCUUGAGCCCACGCUGCUGCCCAUCCUGCACAAGAUGCUCACAUCUGACGGCCAAGACCUGUACGAGGAGGUGUUGGAGAUAGCAACAUACAUGACGUAUUACAGCCCCACCAUCUCGCCCGCCCUCUGGUCCAUCUGGCCGCUCAUCCUCACCUCCCUCAACGAGUUUGCCAUCGACUUCUUUGAAUACGCCCUGGACCCUCUUGACAACUUCAUAUCGCGCGGCACAGAGCAUUUCCUCACAUGCCCCGACCCCAACUACCCUGACUCGCUCUGGAAGCUGCUUUCCAAGUUGUUGAGCGACGAUGACAUCAGCGAUCGUGACUUGGUGCCAGCACCGAAGCUGAUGGAGGUGGUGCUGUUGAACUGCCGGGGGCGCGUGGACGCAUGGCUGCCGCUGUACCUGCAGCUCGCCCUCACGCGCCUCAACAAGGCCUCUCUGCGCCACCUCAAAGACCUCCUCAUGCAGGUGGUGGCGAAUGGCCUGUACUACAACGCGCAGCUGACGCUGCAAGCACUGGAGGGCAUGGGGGCGACGGCAGGGGUGUUCCAGACGUGGCUGACCAUGCUGCAGGCCAAGAGCCAGACCACCAGCAAGCGCCUCCACUUCAAGAGGCAGCACGACAAGAAGGUGUGCAUCCUGGGGCUGGUGUCGCUGCUCUCCCUGCCCACGGCUGCGCUGCCAGCAUCGGUGGCACCUCUGCAGGGCGAAUUCGCCAAGGCCGUGCUGCAGCUGCUGGUGGCGUUCAAGGAGCAGCAGGAGGCGGCAGAGUUGGAAUCAGAAGACGAGGAUGAUGACGAGGAGGGCGAGGAUGGCAUGGGUGAUGGGGGGGAGGAGGAUGAGGAGGAGGAGGAAGAGGAGGAGGAAGAGGAGGAGUCGUCAGAGCUGAAAAAGGCCAUCAAGAAGGCGCACAAGAUGUUGGAUGGGGAUGAUGAGGAGGACGAGGACGAUGAGGGCUUCUGGUCGGACGAGGAUGAGAUGCUCACGCCCAUCGAUGAUGUCGACCCCUUCAUCCACUUCUCCGACAUCAUGGCCGGGGUGCAAGCGUCGGACCCAGAGCGGUUCAGCAGUCUGAUGGGCUCUUUGGACUUCGCCCAUCAAGCCAUGGCGCACACAGUGGCGCAGGUGGCGCAGCAGCAGCGCGACUCCAAGGCCAAGGAGGCCGCAGAGAAGGCCGCGGGGGGCGCUGGAUCCACGUAG